GCCUCGAUGGACGGGCGGGAGAAAGCUCGGAUGCUCUGAAAGGGUUCGGUGGUGGGGAAUUUCUUUUUUCCCGCCCCCAGCCCCCGGACCAGCCACCAGGGAUGUCCGGGAUUCAACCCGAGGAUGCUUCUCCUCCUCCGCGCAGGAACUGGACGGCCGGGUCGGAGCUAAACGAAACGCCGGAGGCUCUUUUAACCCCUUCCUCCGAUUACGACGACGAAGAGUUCCUGAGGUACCUCUGGAAGGAGUAUUUGCAUCCCAAGGAGUACGAAUGGGCUCUGAUUGCCGGCUACAUCGUGGUUUUCAUCGUGGCUCUCGUCGGGAACGUCCUGGUUUGCAUUGCAGUGUGGAAGAAUCAUCACAUGCGGACGGUUACCAACUAUUUCAUAGUGAAUCUCUCUCUGGCUGACAUUCUGGUCACAAUUACUUGUCUUCCAGCAACUUUAGUAGUUGACAUCACAGAAACGUGGUUCUUUGGGCAGCCCCUCUGCAAAGUGAUCCCCUACUUACAGACAGUUUCAGUCUCUGUGUCUGUACUAACACUCAGCUGCAUUGCUUUGGAUCGAUGGUAUGCAAUUUGUCACCCUUUGAUGUUUAAAAGCACAGCCAAGCGAGCAAGGAACAGCAUUAUAAUUAUCUGGAUUGUGUCCUGCAUCAUAAUGAUUCCUCAGGCUAUUGUUAUGGAGUGCAGCAGUGUGUUCCCAGGAUUAGCCAAUAAAACCACCUUGUUCACAGUGUGUGAUGAGCACUGGGGAGCUGAGGUUUACCCCAAAAUGUAUCACACGUGCUUUUUUCUGGUGACAUACAUGGCACCACUGUGUCUUAUGGUGUUGGCCUAUUUGCAAAUAUUCCGAAAACUCUGGUGUCGCCAGAUCCCAGGAACUUCUUCUGUUGUUCAGAAGAAAUGGAAGCCUCUGCAGUCCUCAGCACAGCCCCGAGGGCUGGGACAAUCAACAAAGUCAAAGAUUAGUGCUGUGGCAGCUGAAAUAAAACAGAUUCGUGCAAGAAGAAAAACAGCACGUAUGCUAAUGGUUGUCCUCCUGGUUUUUGCACUUUGCUAUCUACCAAUUAGCAUCCUCAAUGUCUUGAAAAGGGUCUUCGGGAUGUUUAAUCAUGCUGAUGACAGAGAAACUGUAUACGCCUGGUUCACAUUCUCACACUGGCUUGUAUAUGCAAACAGUGCAGCCAAUCCUAUUAUUUAUAACUUCCUCAGUGGGAAAUUUAGAGAAGAAUUUAAAGCAGCAUUUUCUUGUUGCAUCUUUGGCAUUCGUGGGCACCAUGACGAACGGCUCACCAGAGGUCGUGCCAGUACAGAGAGCCGGAAAUCCUUGACAACCCAGAUCAGCAACUUUGAUAACAUUUCAAAACUUUCAGAACACGUUAUAUUGACCAACAUAAACACACUUCCAGCAAAUGGUAUCCCAACUACACUCAGCCCAUUGAAAUCAGGAGAACUGCAUCUCCACAUACCAGGGAUGAACAUGACUUCAAAUUUAGAUGAAGCUGUAAGUGUUUCUGUAGAAGACACUGGCAACACACGGAAUGCAGAGUGGGACAAAUUCGUCCCUAGCGUAACUAAACUUACCUCGAUGGAGUUACAACAAGGAUGACUUUGGCUCAAUACAGGUGAUACAACCAGAGAAUGGCACAAGCUUUUAGCCGUGUUACAGACUACAACUGGACCAAGGAAUUCCUGCAAAAUGACUGCCUCUCCUAUUUUUUCUCAGUUUUACAGAAACCUAUUUACCUCAGUAUGAGCUAAAGAACAUGUCUUUACAAGUCUUUUUAAAGAUUCGAUUGUAUCAUACUUUGUAAAUACUGUAGAUAUUUAUUUUUAUAUAUUUUAGAUGCCGUGGAAUGUUCUAAAAUGUAUCAUAUAAAGGACUCUACGUAUUUGAAAGAAGUCUCAAACAUCAUUUAUUUAUAUCUUAUUUCUAUGAAUGAGUGACUUAACAAGGAAUGCUUACUUAUGCACUAGUGAUAUUUUGGAAUUACUUUGCACUUCUUUUUCUGCUAAUUCACUUCUAGUAAAUUAUUCUUUCAUUAUGGAAAUUUCUCAUCAGAUUGCUUUUGGGAGAUUCCAGGCUGCCUUUUCUAAGCACAUACAUGCUUCUAUGAUGUGAAACCAAAGUUCUGCAAGUCGUAAGGGAUUUCAUAAGGUUACAUGAAAUAGCUAAUUUCUUUUUCUUCAGACUCGAGUGCCUCAAAAGUAACUACUUAAAUAAAACUUACAUGAUGCUUAAAGGUGCUAUAAUCUCUACAUUCCUACUCAGGCCAAUAGGAAUAAAAAGUGUCGGCACCUCUGAAGGACAGGACAUUUUAAUUUUGGUAGCUCAUCUUAGUCUAUAAUAACUACCAAGUGUUGUUCCAGAAGAUCUCUGAGAAUCUUUAAAAUAGAAAACAUUGGUUAUCUUACUUGCUUAGAUGAUUUCUUUCUCAGCUGCCAUUUAACAAUAAUGAUACAAGCAAUUAAGAGAUUUAUAUACCAAGAAAAUGUUGACUUUUCAACAAAUAAAAUAAAAUGUUUCUCUCUUGGUAUUAUAGAAGUUCUAUCUCUUUGGACCAGCGGAUCAAGUACUUACUUGUCUGUUUUCCAUCCAUGAAAAAAGCUCUCUGGCCUGGGGCUUCCUAACAUUCUUUGUAAUUCUUCUUAAAGAAGGAAGAUGAUGCAUCACUGGAGACUUAAUCUAGUAAGGGAAUGUGGCCUAGAGAGAGGCUAAUCUAUAAGAACCCAAGCUACAAUCUCCCUGGGGCACUAUUCUUGCAUUUCAGUUAAGAUUUUUCUAAGGGAAAGGUAAGCUGGGAGGGAGGACUUGUUAUUCAGUAAAGAGCAGUUGACAUCGUAGAAAGAAGACAUUCUCACAAAUUCAGAUGUUUCUGAAAAGCCAAUUAUUCAUAGUCAAGGUGUUAUUUGAUUAACUCAUGUAAAUAUUUUUCUAGGUUUUGUUUUGACCUAAUGUCAUGUGAUGUACUGUCUAUCAUGACCGCUACAGUUUUAUGAAAUGAUUAAUCACUUUAGGCUUUAGCCUUUCCCAACAGCUGUUUUACUUAACAUUGUUGCCAUUACUCCAAGUUUACGUAGGUGUAAAGCGAGAAGGAAAAAAAUGCAUUUGCUUGGAUAUUAAAGUUUUCUAUUUCUAUUAAAAGAGAAAAAGUUAAAUAUUCUUUUUCUAUUAAAAAAGAAUAAGUAGAAAUACCUAAAUGGAGAAAAU